AUAUGAUCAUAUCAUGCGCUCAUUCUGUCUCUGUCCUCUCCGGAGGCCUUUUGUAUUCAUCUUGUCUGUCCUUCUUGUGCUCCAACAUGAGCCACUCUUAUGCCUCCUCCUCAGCCUCUUCAUACCGUCGCAUGUUCGGCGGUCCCGGCUACCUGACGCCACCAAUGUCCCGCUCUAUGUUUGGCCGAGCCUCCACCGGGGGGUCCGGCAACUCUAGGGUCAGCUCCAGAGUCUACGAGCUCUCCAAGUCCUCCACUUCUUCUCCUGGAUUCUCCAAUUAUCGAGCCUCCUCCUACAGUAUGCCCAACUUAUCUGCGGGCUAUAACCGCUCCUAUGGCGGGAUGGGCGAGACGCUGGACUUCAGCCUGGCAGACGCGCUCAACCAGGAGUUUCUCCACACACGCACUAAUGAGAAGGCUGAGCUUCAGCACCUGAACGACCGAUUUGCCAGCUACAUCGAGAAGGUUCGCAUGCUGGAGCAGCAGAAUCAGGUGCUGGUGGUUGAGGUGGAGCGUUUGAGGGGGAGGGAGCCCACGCGCAUCGCCGACCUGUACGAGGAUGAGUUGAGGGAGCUGAGGAGAGAGAUCGAAGUGGUGACCAAUCACAGAUCACGCGUGGAGGUGGAGCGGGACAACUUGGCAGAUGACCUGCAGAAACUGAAAAUCAGGCUUCAGGAGGAGAUUGCACUGAGGGAGGAGGCCGAGAACACUCUGUCAGCUUUCAGAGCAGAUGUGGAUGCUGCCACUUUGGCCCGCCUGGAUCUGGAAAGACGUAUAGAGACUCUCCAGGAAGAGAUCGCCUUCCUCAAGAAGAUCCACGAGGAGGAAAUCCGUGAGUUGCAAGCCCAGAUGCAAGAGACCCAAGUCCAGAUUCAGAUGGACAUGUCCAAACCAGACCUGACUGCUGCCCUGAGGGACAUCCGUGCUCAGUAUGAGGGAAUCGCUGCUAAGAACAUCGCAGAAGCCGAGGACUGGUACAAGUCAAAGGUGUCAGACCUUAACCAGGCAGUGAGCAAGAACAACGAGGCUCUCAAACAAUCCAAACUGGAGAGCAUGGAGUUCAGACACCAGAUCCAGUCAUACACCUGUGAGAUCGAUUCCCUCAAGGGCACUAACGAGUCUCUCAUGAGGCAGAUGAGAGACAUGGAGGAUCGCCACGGUCGUGAGGCCAGCUCUUUCCAGGACAACAUCGCCAGGCUGGAGGCGGAGAUCUCUAACUUGAAGGAUGAGAUGGCACGUCACCUGAGAGAAUAUCAGGACUUGCUCAACAUUAAGAUGGCCCUGGAUGUGGAGAUCGCCACCUAUAGGAAGCUGCUUGAAGGAGAGGAGAGCAGGAUUGUGAUGCCCAUGCAGGCGUAUUCCACUAUAAGCUUUAGAGAGACGAGUCCAGAGCAUCAUCAGAGAGCAUCUGAAAUGCACUCAAAGAAAACGGUCCUGAUCAAGACCAUUGAGACGCGUGACGGGGAGGUGGUGAGUGAAUCUACACAGCACCAGCAGGACACCAUGUAAACCUCGGAAGAGAAGACGAAAAUAAAACCUUUAGGAGAGUAAAUCAUUCUGUACCCCCCCCCCCCCCCCCCCCCCCCCCCCCCCCC